AUGGUGUCAAGGUGGAGUGGACGAAUUUAUUCAAAGAAACUAAAUGCACUCACUAAAUUUUUGAAGGAGGUCGUCUCNGGGGUUUUGGGCCAAGAUGCCCUUGGUAAUGAGGGCUGCCCUCAUAUGGUGUCAAGGUGGAGUGGAUCAAUUUAUUCAAGGAAACUAAAUGCACUCACUAAAUGUUUGAAGGAGGAGGUCUCCUUAAAAAUCAAAUUCUUUUUAUUUUUCUUUUCAAUACAUGUAUUCUUGGGAAUGGCAUUCCCUGGUGGCGCAUGGCCAUCGAAAGUUGGAGCCAAUGCCCAUUAUCCCUUAUUAUUUUGA